AUGUGCAAAAUUAACGCUCAAAAUCCAAGGGAAGCUCUUAAAUGUGCAAACUGCGGGCAAAAUAGCCAUCCAACUAGCUACAAGGGCUCCUUAGGGAAAAACCAACAAGCAAAUAUACCAAACUCGAAUAUAAUAUAUGAAACCACAAGACAACCAUCUAAACAAGUGGAAUCAACAGCACCACCACAAUGGGCAAGAGAAUUGCUGGGACAACUUGCAAUACUUAAUCAAAGACUGACAACACUAGAAAAACAAAUCAGUCAAAACAGCAAGAAAUCUAACAACAACAAAAUAAUUGAGUACACCUUAAUUAAAGUAAAACUAAGUAAUGCGAAACACCUAAUCAUCGGCAGCCUCUAUGCAACUACAAAAGUAGAAUCAAAGCAGAUAUUCCUAGAUGAAAUAAAUGCUCACUUCUCUAACUUAAACUUAAAUAACAGCAACAUAUUCUAUAUAAUCGCUGAAGACUUCAAUGCAAGACACAAAGACCUAGGUGAUAGGACCACUAAAACAAGAGGUAGAUGGCUGAUCAACUGGGAGAGGGACAAUUCAGUCAACUAUAGAACAAAAAUACACGCUGCACAUGAGCCAACCUUUACUUCAAAAAACUCGUAUCAAGAUAUUUGCAUUGCUGAUGCCAGAUUAAAAUUAAUAAACUUAAAAAAUAAUAAGCUUAACACAACAGAAUAUGAUAGUGAUCAUAAAGCUAUUAUCAUAGAAAUAAACCUACAAGAUAUCUCUCUAAAAACAAAAACGGAGGACAACCCUGACAUAUUACAUUUCAAAAAAAUAAAUUGGAAAAAAUUCAAUAAAUACCUCGAUGAAAAUUACGACCUUAUUCCCAGUGAUAAAAACUUAUCAACAGAGGAGAUAAGCAAUUACAUUCAAAUAAUGAAUAAGCAUAUCACAAACGCGAUAACAUUAAAAGUGCCAAAAAAGCCCAGAAACAAUAAUUUUAACAGCUACUACAUAAACAAUAAAAUUGAAAGACUACACAAACAAAAAUCACACCUAUUAACACAGCUUGACAAGGUCCCGAAAACAGAUGCAGAAUCAAACAGAAAUAACAACGUUACAAUCACUGUAUUCUCCGACGACAACAGACCAUAUUCACCAAAUGACCUAGCAAAUAAUUUAUUCUGUACUCCAGAAAAAGUAAAUAAUAUUCUCAAAAGGCUACCGAAUAAAACUUCGACAAGCAUCGACGAAAUUCCAUCAAUUGUAUUGAAGCACCUCCCGCGGGCAAUGAUUAGAGACUACUCUACUCUCUUCAACAACGCGCUAAACCUGCAAUAUUUCCCUGAGGAAUGGAAAACAUCUAAAACUAUUCCAAUUCUCAAGAAAGGCAAACCAGGAAACCUACCGUCAAGCUACAGACCAAUCAGCCUGACCCCUAACAUCAGUAAGGUUUAUGAGGCCGUCAUAAAUGACUCAAUAACUGCACACUGCAACGUACAUAAAACAAUUCCCGACAACCAAUUUGGGUUCAAACACCAACACUCUACAGUGYACGCAAUAAACAAGCUGCUAUCAGACGUCACGGCGCACCUAGAUGGGGACCUAGUCGGGGCUACGCUUAUUGACCUGGAAAAGGAGUUCGACACGGUAUGGUUAACACUUAAUCGGCAUAAAUUGGAGUAUGAUCAGCAAAAGAACCUUUUACACCUGGAAUGGCAAGACAAAAUCCACAGCCUUGUUCAAAAUUCUAGAGGGGCUACAGCAAGGCACGGUGAACUCACCUACGCUGUUCAACAUUUUUACAAGCCAUAUUUUGAAUGCAUUCAAACUAAACCGAAAUAA